AUGUUGAUCCUCCUUGACAGCGUCAAGAAUAGCGGAGUUAUCGACAGUGUGAGGGCGUCCCGACUGGGGCUUGUCUUCGAAGUCGGCGUCUCCGCUUGCGAAACGAGCGAACCAGCGCUUGACAGUCCUGAUGAUGGUGGUGCCCUCGCACAAUCUGCUUUUGAUGUUGAGGGUUGCUGCGGUUGCUUUAAUGCCGCCAAGUCAUUCAUAGAAGAUGACAACUCGAAACUGCUCGUGACUAAAGUUAGGGGAGGCCCUCGGCCAUAUAUACAUAUUGUGGAGAAGCUUCGAUAA